AUGUCCUACAGCGCACACACCCGGACACCAGAAGCAGGAUCGACCGCAUACGAAAACCAACAGGCACAGCAAGCAGAAAACCUGCACGAGAAGCGCCACCCCGCAUCUGAAACAGGUCGUGCAAGCAUCACCACGUCAACAGGUGCACAGCUGCAGCAGCAGUACCAAUACGGAUACCCGAUGUCCUACGAGUCGUACGUGAACCAAUCGGGGGACAGUCACAGCCAGCCGCUCGCGUCCGCGCAGGGCAUCAUGCCUGCGGGGCAGCAGGGCGCUUAUCAGAAGGCGCAGUUAGCCUAUCCAUACUACCGCAGCUCCGCGCAGGUUGGCGCCGUUCAGCCGGGCGGUAGCGCCGUCUCCACCCCUGGGUAUUCUCCCGUGUAUUAUUCCGCGCAGGGAUAUCCGGCGACGGGAGGCGUCCCUGCGCCCAGCGCACAGAGCGCAACUCCGGAGUACCAGGAUUCCGUUUUGCCCUCGGGUGCCAGCGCAGGCGGUUACUACCAGGCCACCUCCGCAUACACCAACGGCGGCUACUACUACGGUCAGCCGGCGCCGGGUCCAGCAUCUGCCGCAGGUACGGCUGCGGGUCCCGGCACAGCCUUGGGCGCUGGGGCGCUCGACCCCGGCGCAAGAAGAGCACCCAGGCGCUCCGUUCUGAAACCAAAGAUUACAACAACAAUGUGGGAAGACGAGAAGACUCUUUGCUAUCAAGUUGAAGCCAACGGUGUUAUUGUGGUACGAAGAGCCGACAACGAUAUGAUAAACGGUACAAAACUAUUAAACGUUACAAAAAUGACCAGAGGCCGCAGAGAUGGAAUAUUAAAGGCUGAAAAAAUAAGGGAUGUCGUUAAGAUAGGCUCGCUACACUUGAAAGGAAUUUGGAUUCCAUUCGAGCGCGCAGCGGCUAUGGCUAAGCGCGAGGGAAUAUACGAUUUACUAUAUCCUCUUUUCGUGAAAGAUCUUGCUUCGCUUAUUCAGCAAGGGACGCCUGUUGAUGCACCAGAUAUGAUGGGGAGCGCAUCUUCGACGCUUUCGUAUGGCGCGGCCGGAUAUAAGCCGCUGCCCGUGCUCCCGGGAGCGCAGGAGGUGCGCACACCCGCCGGUGUCCAGGCGCCGCCACAGCAGCAGCAAUCUGCAGGCGCGCAGAGGGCGCAACAGGCGCAGCCGCAACAACAGCAGACAUACUAUUACUACCCAAAUGAUCUGGACCAGGCAUAUUACUCGGGACCCACAAUUCAGCGCCAAGCGGUUCAGGCGCCUGCACAAUCGGAGCAGCAUCAGUUUUCACAGCAGCCAUAUUUUCCAUAUUACUCGCAGAUGCAGUAUAUGGCAAAGCCGCAGGGCAUGGAGCAAGCGCAACCGCGGACUCAGCCGCAGCUACAACCGCAACCACAACCGCAACCACAGGCGCAGGCGCAAGCGCAACAGCAGCAGCAGCAGCAGCAACUCUAUGCGCAACCGCUGGGCCAGCAAAAAGACAGAAUACAGCAAGAAGGACCACUUGUGGCAAAAAGUGAUUCUGCACAGAAAUAG